CCCGACCACCCCCCCCCUCCUCGCCGCCGCCGGCACCUCCUAUGCCCUUCCGCCCCACCUUCCCCCGCCGCUGCUCCCACGACCCCAAGCUCUCCUCCUUCCUCUCCGCCCUAGCCUCCUUCGCCGCCUCCCCCUCCUCCUCUCCGGCCGCAGGCUCGGUGCCUGCCGUCCCCACCCCCGCCGCCUACAAUGCUCUCAUGUCCGCAUACUCCCGCGCCGGCCGCCCGGACGAGGUGCUCCGUCUCUUCCGCUUCCUCCCCUUCCACCCCACCGCACGCAUCUUCACCACCCUCAUCUCCUCCCUCGCCGCCUCCGGCCGCCCCAUGGCGGCACGCGCCGCCUUCUCCUCCCUCAUCGUCUCCGGCCUCACGCCCACCGCCUCCGCCUUCACCGCGCUGCUCAAAUCCUACGACAGCUCGCUCGAUGCCAUGUACCAGGUUUUCCUUGCUAUGGCCGCCGCCAGAUGCUCACCUGAUGCCGCCGUGUACAACUGCUACAUUUCGGUGCUCUGCGACUCUCAGCGAUUGGAGGAGGCCCGAGGUUUCCUUGACCACAUGGUCGAUGAAGGAGUCCGCCCCACCGUCCGCUCAUACACCACAAUUCUGCGUGGGUACUGUCAGCAGGGCAAGAUUCUCGAAGCAGAGAAGUUAGUCGAUGACAUGGUGGAUGCCGGGUGCCAGCCUGAUGUUGUAUCCUACAGCGUUCUCAUCGAGGGGCUCUGCAGUGUUCGGGAAUUUGACAAGGUGGAGAGGAUCCUAAGGGAAAGUGAAGAUAAGGGGUGGACGCCCAAUGCUAUCACCUAUAACAUUUACAUGUCUGGCCUGUGCAGGACAGGGUUAUUGGAUGACACAUUUCGUCAAGUAGACAUCAUGCGUAGCAGAGGGCUGUUGCCAACGGUUGAGACAGUGAAUAUUCUUUUUGAUUGUUUGUGCAGAGACUCGAGAUUUUCGGAAGCAGUGCUCUUGCUGGAACACAGUGAAGAAUUAGGCUGGCAUGCUGAUGUGUUCUGCUAUAACACUCUGAUGGGUAGGCUUUGCGACAUCGGAGAUUUUGCCAGGGUCUUCAAGCUGUUGGUUGAUCUGUUGAAGAAGGGCAUUGGGCCAGAUAUGUUUAGUUUUACUAUUGCUAUCCGGGGCCUCUGUGGAGCUGGGAAACACCGGGUGGCAGAGUGUCUAAUAGAUAAUGAGUCGAUUGGAUACGAUGUUGUGGCAUUCAAUACUCUGAUUCAUGGAUUCUGCAUUGCUGGGGAUUUACGUGGAGUUAAGCUAACUUAUAUGAAUAUGUACAGUAGGCAAAUUUCGCCAAAUAACUAUACCCAUGCUUUGUUGAUUGAUAGCUUAUUUAACGACCGAAAAUUUGUCGAGGCAAUAGAUACUCUUGCAUCUUUGAGAGAUGGUUUGGUGCCUGAUCAUCUUAUUCACCUGAAUAAUUUCUUGGCCAAAGGAAUAAAAUUCACAAAGGUGCUCAACCUACUUGAUGAAAUACGCUACAGAGGAUUUGUGCUAGAUACUUGCAUCUUCAUCCCAUUGGUAAGGGUAUUAUGCUGCGAGGGGUACUACCAGCGUGCGAGUAUCAAUGAAGUUUCACUUAUACUCACCAGUCUGCUAGGAAUAAGAUGACAAUCUGCCUGACAUGAGAAUUUGGUUUGGAGCAUUUUCUCUAGCAAACACCAUAAAUGAACUUGUGAUUGAGUUAGUAUAAUCAUGCAAGGCUCCUUUUGGUCAUUUGGUGUUGGUUCUCUCUUAAGAUAUUCAAGGCAAUUGCUGUGUAAAAAAACACAUCAGUAAUCUUUCAACUUUUCGCUAGUGGAGAAGUAGCUGAGUUUAGUUCUAACCAGCACCUACCACUUCAUUUGAGACAUGGAUUUUGGGUGCCAGGCAUGGCUAUCAAGCUCAGAUGUGUUCUAGAGAAAAUAAUGGGCAGAAAGUGCUGAUGUCCACCAAAAGAAGUUCAAAAAGCCUCUGUGUUGCAUAUUGCCGGCGGUGAUAAAGCGCAGGAAUGGAUAAUAUGCUCAGAUGACGCACUUGUUGAUAUCUCAAUGAUGUAACCUUUGUACCCAGACUACCCGUAGUCAAGUAUAUUGAAUGCAUAUUCUUACAUAUCUCAUUAAAUCAAAGAGGUAAGAAAAUCUUGUCUAUGAUAAUAGUCGUAGCUCUCAUGGAACUGUAGAAUAAUUUCUGAAGGAUACUGCCAUCAAAUGAAAUUUCCAACUGAAGACAGAGGUACAUAGUUAUUUUGAAUCAUGUUAUGCUGAUGUUUUAUCUUGUGGAUGUCAAAUGGGUUUUAUCAGGCCCAGGGUAGAGAAGAACAGUACAUUGAAAGUUGAAAAAGUUGAUUGAGAAAUUGUGUCGUAUCGAGUUAUCUGAUAAAACCGUCCCUUUAUUUUCUUACAUUUUGUUUAAUGAAAUUCAGUUCUGUUUGGAGUUGGAUCAGGAAGCAGAAGCCAAAACGUCGUUGCAACGAACAGUGCAUUCAACGAUGAAGCUGUUAAUAAUGCAAGAAUUGACAAAUACUUGAUGUGGAUAUUGGACUAAUCAAAAUACUAAGCCUCAGCAAGAUGAAAGAAGAUAAUUUGCCAUGGGGUAAUGCUGUGAGCAUGUGCCACUGCUCCACCUUGCCAAGUGUGCAAGGACGCUUCCUCCCCAUUGUGACCGUCGCCGUCUCGUCCACCUGCCCCAUCCCCAUGGCAACCACUGCCUUGUCUUUCCUGCCGUGCGUUGCUGCUGCCUCCCCAUCAAUCACCAUCCCAAGAUCUUCCCGCGAGAGUUUGGCCUAUGCAUUUGAGCCCUCCAAUCCCUUCUUGUGUGAUGCAUUCUUUUGGGUGCACAUUCAUUAUUCUUGGAUUCAUAUAUGCUUGCUUAGGUUUGCUGAGGGAUUUCAAAUCAUGGACAAGUCAUAUCCUUGUUGCGAGAGAUAUCCCUUUCCUUGGAAGGCAAUUAUUCUAUUGUUUCUGAUUUUGUUGGCCUUACUAUUCAACAGUGGAGAAAGUCCUGAACAAUUUACUAGAUAUUUUGAGGCAAGCGCAAGUGCUAAAUACUGCAAUACCACACUUCAGAAAUAAUUUGUUGAACGGUGAUUCUUAGACCAAAUUUAUCCCGUUGAUCUGAGGAUGAUAUACAGAUUUUUCGCUUGGAACUGAUUGAACUUUAGAACUGUUGCACACUUCUAGAAAGUUAGAUUUUUAAUGUAGUAAAUCCUGCAGUGCGGUAUUGAAGAAGCAUAGCUGUUCUUUUUUGCAAGUCAGUUUCAGAACAAAAAAUAUAUGUAAUGCUUGUAUGCUUUACAUUUGUGUGAGAAUUUAAUACUGCACUGUUUACCAAUUUCAUUACGAGCAUGUCAUUUAUCCAGAUUGAUAUGUGAAGUAUGGUUAUCUUGUAA